AGUUUGGGGGGUUGAAGAUAUUUUCCAAAAAACUGAAACAAACAAAUUCUUGGUUUCUCAUGACAGUACAUAUAAUUCAGGGUGCCGAACUCAAACGCACCUCAUUUCACGUUAAAUCGUAACUGCGCACGAAUACCGCUUCCUCAGUGUAGCUGUCUUAGGAACUAUAGCAAGUAUGGAAGCCGGCAGGGGACAGAAUGGAAUCCAACUGCUUCUAGCUGCAGAACAAGAAGCUCAGCACAUUGUUAAUACGGCCAGAAACAAAAAACUGGCUAGAUUAAAACAGGCCAAGGACGAGGCAGAGAAGGAGGUUGCUCAAUUUCGUGCUCAAAUGGAAGUCGACUUUAAGAAAAAGCUUUCAGAGAGUAGUGGGGACUCAGGAGCUAAUGUGAAGCGACUUGAGAAAGAAACAGAUACGAAGAUCCAAAACCUGAAAACCGAAGCCAAUAAAAUAUCCCAGGCUGUUAUUCAGCUGCUGCUGAAGUAUGUGACUACUGUGAAGAACUAGGAUCUUGUCUGAAGCUUUGAUGGACGAAGUGACCUAAAUGCUUCAUCACAUCUGCAUAUCUUCAUUCAAUUUUUGUUUCCCAAUCCACAUUAACUUAGUUUCUUUUUGUCUCUUUUCUAUCGUUUCUGUCUCAAUUCAACUGUAUUUGUGAGGCAAAUUUGGUUGGUUGGAUCUGCAUCUUUUAUGAAAUAAAAAAUACUGAUAGCUGCUUCUUGAUA